CACAUUACCGAAUCACUCCUGCCGGACUCUUCCAAACUGUGAUAGAAAGGUAAUCUGACCUCACAUGACAACUCCCCCUUUCCCAUGCUAACACCUGCAUGCACACACACAGUGUCUCCUCCCUCCCAGAUCUCACUGUGAGCACACACAAGACAACGCACUUUUAAACACAGGCUGAAAGGAGCCACUAGUCACCAGCCUGGAACUUCACUGGCUUCCUGCUACCUUCCAAAAAUGGAGCUCCUGGAGGAGACACGCUGAGCUACCCUGCAGAUCCCCCUGGGACGGGCGCUACGAGGGGCAACAGGGCUGUGCCUAUAGGCAAAUUCCUCCUGCAGUCACUGAGUGAGGUACAGUAUUUGCCUGCACUUCCCUCUAAGUAUAGUCUGUGUACUGAAGUAUUAAACCAAUUGCACAAAGUGAAACUUUUUGAAGGAUCUAUUAGAAUGAUCUCAACGUUCUCCAGCUUGGCUUGUUGUCAUCUGUAACCACGGUUUGGAUCAUUUGGAUAGAAACCAGCUUGGACUUCUAUUGGGAGAUACUUGGACACAGCUAUUUUCAUUUGUGCUUUCUUGUUGAUACUGUGUUUAGUGGGAUUGCCUAAUCUCUGAGGAAUACUAUAACAUCGAUUAUUAUCAUCGACCUGAGACAGGACCUCCAUACUGGUUAUCUUCUGUAUUUACCUUCCUAUACAAUAGUAUCAGCGUUCAAUAGGGGACAGUGUCAUAUCUCACUGGGAUUCCAAGAGUGUUUACUUGCUUUCACCAUGGAGAAGGAAAAAAAGGGGAGCUUCCUUGGGUUGGGAAAGUUUUUCUCCAAGAAUCGAACUGACGAGAAGUUUGUUAAUGGGUCCACAAAGGAGGUACAGCAGAGCUCAACUCAGGGUCAGGAUGAGGUUGUGGAGAGGCCCUCAAUGGAGCAACCUGCACCUGGAGGUUUACUAUCACCAGGGGAACACACUACAGGAGAGUACAAGAAGAGGUCCUUUGGGAGUUGGAGGAGCAAAAAGAGGAGAAGUUUGGCUUCUACAUCAACAUCCCCAACAUCAUCACCAGGUCCAUUAGACUCCAGCGAUAGACCCUUCGAAAUUCCAGAUGGUGAUCAAGACGUGCGGCCAUAUUCUGUGAUGGUAACUUCACAACCAGAACUUGAAGUAACUCCUAUAAAAGAUAAUGAACCAAAUCUCAUUUUAGAUGAACACGUGGACAAGUCUAAAACUCCGGCCGCAGAGUCUCCAAGAAAGGAUAGCACAAGGAAACCUGUUUUGGGGAAAAUUGGAAGUCUCUUUAAUACCAGUAAAAGGAGGCAGAACAGAAGUCUCUCAGAUUCUCCCACAAGCCCUACUGGACCAUUUUCCAAGGCCAAUGAGAAAGAGACACCAAGUGAACGUAGGAGAAAUCAAGUUUCGAGUCCUACUGACUCCAAGGUGCCAAGCCAACAAAGCAAAGCAGCCCGUUUAGGUAACCCAUCCGAACACAUCUCGGAGGAACAAACAUCUGAAAGUUGGAGUGAAAAGGAGAUCACCAAUGGUGAAAGUGCCAAUGGUUUUUCCAAUCAGACUAACCUCUCUAUAAAAGAAACCGAAUCUCCUAGUGGACCUGCUUCUGAUACAGCUUCAGGCUCCAACAUCAAACAUUUACAAAGCCCCUCACCCAAAGCGUCAGAUAAACAGAGCGUCACUGAGAGGAAUGUAAAGCCACUAGCGCCAUCACCUGGCCGGAGAAAUUCUGCCACAGAGGGAGAAGCAACGAAGAUCACAUCUAAAAAGCUUCAGGUGUUUUCCCAGGAUAUUAACAUUAAUAAGGAAGAGUCACCUAAAAUCUCGUCAAAGAAAUUUACCAAAUUUUCUGGUAAAUUAUCAGACUCAAAGGUACGAGGACAGGAUAAACCGGUUCAGGCAUCUGAUAAAUCCGACGCUUCAAACACUACAAAGUUGUCAUCACAAGCUGUUUUAGACUGCAAUACAAAAGAGCAAACAACUCUGUCUCCUGAAUUGAGUAAUGCAGGAGAGACGGCAAAUGGUAAUAUAAAUCUAAAUAAAGUUCAAGCAACCGGUGAUUUUUCUCCUGGUGAUAGUUCACCUGGGAAAAAUAGUUUAAGAGGAUCACCGCAGGAAAAGCUGAAGACUAAUGGAGCAAAUGACAGUGCACUCAAUUCUAAGGUGCUAGCAUUUGAUAUCUACCUGAGUAAGCCCCCUGAGACAAGUUGCCCAACUACCCCAGAGGCAUACAGUAACGGAGAAUCAAUGGAGAGUAGCCCAAGCUACAAGAGAUCCGGAAAAAAGAGGAGAUCUCUGAAGUCUCAGAGUAGCCAGAAUGGGGAAAAAAAGGCUGAUUGUGUUUCCCCACAAGAGCAAGGUUUGGACAGUAAUUUUACUUUUGAAGGAGUGACAGAAAGUCCAGCCAAUCCUGAGCAGAAAACAAGACCUGUCCCUCUGUCACCUGAAGCUAACGGCAUGUCAUCAGCCAACCAAGACUCAAAGGCGGGAGCUAAUCGCAAAUUGUCGCCUAAGGGUGAAUCAGACAAAGAUAAACAGCAACACCCAACCUCCAGCUAUCUGAGAAAAAAAAAAGAUAAUCAUUCUGCCUCCUCCGUUCCCGCUUCUCCAACAGCACGCAAGACACAGGCGAAAGAUUCCCUGUUUAGAAAUCCUCUGGCAGCACCUGUCAGAACAGCUGAAGGUAGCCAGACAGUUCCUGUUUCCACAACAAAAGACUCCUGCGUGGAAAAGCAAUCACUUGGAUCCCCGUCUGGAAAUAUUUGGGAGGACUGUGUAGCACGCUCAUGUGAGAAUAAAGAGGAGUGCACAGCUCUGGCUGCAGGUGCUCUCCCUGAGGACAAACAGCAGGGAAGCAGCCAGGGUGUGCCCAACGAAUCUCUCCAGGCCAAGGCAGGCAGGGUCACUCCUACUGCCCAGUCUCCUGUUGAUUUGGAUGUUACAACACUCAAAACCACUUUGAAAGAAAGCACACGUUCUACAGUAACUUCCAAACUGAACAUACCUCCUAAACCAAAGAAUGUUGAGCUACCUAUCAAACCCAAAUUUUCUGAGAACACAGGAAGUACACAAGAACCUGCAACUGAACAAAUAAUCCAAAGAGGCAGUAUUGCUAACAAAAUAUCUUUAUUUGAGAACAAGACAACCACCCACAAACAUAUUGAUUUUCCUGCAACAAAGAGCAUCACACAGCCCAAGAAAUUUGUGGAAAGAGCAAAGCUGAACUUUGGUAAACAAACCAAGAGACCUGUGCAAAAAUACCACAUUUCACCAGGUAAACAAACCAGUGAUCUUAGACGACCUGAUAUUAUCAAGUCAGAAAAUGGUACAUCAGAAAUUAAGGUAGAAUCAGACACCACACAAGCUGAACGUGACAAUAACAAGGUAGAACCUGCAGAGAAAGACACAGUGACGGUGGAGAGGCAGAUGGAAGACGUCAAACAUGGACUGGAUACAGUGGUAGUGCCAAGUGACGCUAAAGAGGAAAGUGUUGUACAUUCACUAGAGGCACAAAGUUCUAAAGAGAACAUUGCUGCUGAAAAAGAAUGCUUAAACACAGAUUUAAACUCAUUUGAAGCAAACAAAAGCAAAGAGCCGUUAACUAAGAACACUCUUAGUGAAAACAUUGAGUCUUUGUCUAUCAGUCCAGUAGAAGACAAUUUAUUGCAUUUGCCAAGAGACCCUGCUCUUCAUUUUGUUGGGGUCACAACCCCAUAUUCAAAUAAUACAAUUUCAGAAGAGGACUCCCUUCCAGACAUGGGAAAUGUAAAUAAAAAUAAUUCAUCUAAAGGAAAAGCACGCGAGGUUGAGUCUGAAAAUUUUUCUGGAAAUGACUCAUCCUCAAUACCUUCAGACAUUGUGGAUUCUUCUGGUACAUCCACAUUCCCAUCUACAGCAGAGCAAUGUCAAUCCAAUGACAGUACAGAGGUGAAUAGAGUUGAAAGUGAAUCACAGUCACUACAAUCGGUUAAAAGUAUAGUUAAAUCCAGGACAAAUGAGACAGAAAUUGUGAAGUCAAGCUCCAAAGAGAGCCCAAAAAACAUUCCCAAAAAUAAGAACGCACAAGAGACAAUACCAAUAGCUGACACAAUCCCAAAUAAUUUUCAGGAACAAGGUUCUGUGAAAGGUGAAGAGAUUGGAAAAGAAGCUACUUUGAAACAUACAGACACGUUACCUGAAGUAGAAGCUACCCAAUGCAGUGUGAAAGAUACUCCAGAAAUACAAGAGUUCCAAACUGUCAUUAAAGGCGAGGACUACCUGGAUAAAAAUGAAAAAAGUUCAAGCCCAUCAACAGAUGGAACAUUGGAUUCCACAAAAAACACUGAAGACAUGGGGGAGAGCUCUGAAAAAGUGCAAAUAGCAAUUGAUCAAGGUGCAUCUGAUUUCACACAAGGACCUCUUUUAUCUCUAGUUGAAAACAAAAGUGCCCUGAAGGAAGAAAAUGCAUUAUCUGAAUCUGACAGAAAAGAGAGUCUGCAGGAAUUUGGAAAGGCAGGUCAAAUUCAAGAGAAUGCACUGCAAGUCUUGACAAGCAUUCAAAAAAGUGAUGAAACCAGUGCUGAUUCACUGGAGAAGACACACGCAGCGCAUCCUCCAACAAGUGAAAUAAUUCCUUGUAUAGGAAGACCAGUUGAUAAUUCAGACAAAUCACAAGACACUCAAAAUACAAUCUUAGAGAAUGGAGAUAAGGAGGUUGCAGUGUCUCCAACAAAUAAAAUAAUUCCUUGCAUAGGAAAACCACUUGAUAAUUCAGACAAAUCACAAGACAUUCAAAAUACUAUCUUCGAGACUAGAAAUAAUGAGGUCGCAGUGUCUACAGAAGCAACCGCAACUAAACCAAGUGUAUCUGAACUGAAGGACAAUGAAAAUGUCUUGGAGGCCAGAGUUGGUUUGGAAAUUCGUCAGCAACAGAAAGAUAAUUCCCCACAUAUAUUGGGAUUUUUAACCAAGGCAGAUGGGGAAGGAUUUAGUGAGGCAACUGUUGAUGUAAACACUAAACAGUCUAAAAAGACUGAAAGAGUGGAGCCCCAGGAUGCGAAGUUUCUUAAUGAAGUUGAUGGAAGGAUGGAAGAGCACCUUGAAAAGUAUUCUGCAAAGAGUUCCUCUAGCACAGAAACAAAUGCAGAAGACCCCAACAACACAGUAAAUGAAAGUGAUCAGGAAUGGGCCAUUGUGAACCCAUACCUUCCUGAAAGUGUAAAUCAUAAUGGCUAUGUUGCGGAUACUGCACAGGGUAAUAGGAGUCCCCAAAAGACAGGGAAUCCGGAACAGUAUUGUAAAAAUAUAGAAAAAACCCCAGAAACAGCCUUAAAUGCCUCAGUAGCAAGCGAUGAAGGAACUUUAGAUUCAUCUGCAGACAUGGAGAAAUUUGCUGAAACCAUCAGAAAGUUAGAAAGUCCAGUCACAUUGCCACAGAAGAGGAAAAAAAACAGGGCUCCAAAAUCACCGGGUCCAUACUGUGGUCUACCCCCUAUUCGGGAGGAUUAUUUGGAAAAGAUACUGGAUGGCGAUUCAUUCUCAUUUGGCUUGGGCAAAAAAGAUAGGGCCAAAGACAUGGCGCCAAUGGCCCUGUUCAAAUUACAAAGCCGAGAAACAGCUGAGAAAAUGCUACCAAAGAGGGCAUCUGCCGAACAAAGCAUGCUUUUGAAAUCUCUGAAAUCAAACAGACAGCCGAUUUUCAAACCACAGGAAACCUGUGACAAAGACAAUGCAGAUGUUACAGAUUUAGCAGUGAAGAGAUCUCGCAUUGAGUCUAUGUACACUAGCCUGAAGACACCCUCUGCUGCCAGAUCAGAAGAAAACGUGUUCUCUCCUUCUGUUACUACAAUCAACACCAUCACCACCUCCUUUGCCACACCCCAGAAAGAAUGUGCCCAGACAGGAAAAAACUUUGAAACCAAAAUGACUGACUCUGCAAAGACGUCUCAGUCACUAGUUAAUGAAAGCGAGAAAGACAUUAUUAAGUCGAAUGGAACUUUAGCUCAGGACUACUUAAACAGCCUGCAGACGGAUAGUGCAAAGCAGCCUCAGAGCAGAUCUCCCAGCGACAUCAUGGAAAAACAAACCGAAACAAACAGCGUUUCACAAGCCAAGUCCCAGCUAUCGGAGUUAAAGCUUUCUGAUCGUGAGAACUCUCUAGACAUUAACACUUCUUUGCCUGGUGGAAACAGAAUGGCUUUGCCUCCUUUUCAAAGCACUCCAAAUCUUGAACCUCUGAAUGGUGACAUUAUUGCAAACGAUGUACCAGAUAUAUUUUAUUUUAAAGGGCAUGAGCCAAAUUCUGCUCAUCCAAACUUGGUAGCAGAGGGGUUUCCUGGACAAGGUGUGGAUAAAAUCAACCCCAGACCUGGAAAGUUAGUAAUUCUCACUGAAGCUGAAGGUGAAGGGUCGGUAAUAGAAGUGUACUCUGACGAGGUGGACUGCACUUCUUGGGAACUGACACCCCACAUUUGUAUCAAAACUAUACGAGGAUGUUGGAUAAUUUAUGAGUUGCCAAAUUUCCAAGGGAGGUCCAUUGCUUUGGAGGAAGGUGACUUGGAGCUUGCUAACCCUUGGGCAGAGGAGCCACAGGAAGAAAGUACCCCUUCACCAAUCGUUCUUGGGUCGCUAAGACAUGUUGUACAGGAUUAUAGAGUUUGUCAGAUUGACUUGUUUACUGAACCAGACGGAUUAGGAAUUAUGACAUCGUAUUUUGAUGAUACAGAAGAAUUACAAGUCUAUGGACGGCUACAGAGAACUUGUUCAAUUAGAGUGCACUGGGGAGUAUGGUUGAUUUAUGAAGAAUCAGGGUUCCAAGGUAUACCUUACAUCAUUGAGCCAGGAGAGUAUCCUAACCUAUCAUUUUGGAACGCCAAUGAAGCAUUCAUCGGAUCAAUGAGACCCUUAAAAAUGGGAAGUCGGAAAGUGGAAAUCCCUUAUGAUCCAAAGAUCGUUAUUUAUGAGAAACCCUUGUUUGAAGGCCGGAAUGUGGAGUUUGAGAAAGAAAUCCUAAAGCUAGAAGAUCUGGGAAGUCAGGAAAAUAAUGGAGAAGAAACAUUGUUACCUUUUAGCACUGCUGGCUCCUUGAGAGUCCUCAGUGGCUUGUGGGUCGGUUAUGAGAAGCCAGGAUUUGAAGGCCAUCAAUAUUUGCUGGAGGAAGGCGACUAUGAAGAUUGGAGACAGUGGGGUGGCUUCAAUGGAUUGUUACAAUCACUACGUCCAAUUUUAUCUGACUUCUCAGCAUCGCACAUGACAAUGUACAGUGAAAAAGAUCUUGACGAGAAAGGGCCAAAUAUCAAUGUUUUGGGAAUUAUAUCAAACAUGGAAGAGACCGGCUAUGGACUAAGGACGCAGUCUGUUAAUGUACUAAGUGGAGUGUGGGUGGCCUAUGAAACACCUGAUUUUACUGGGGAGCAGUAUAUAUUGGAGAAAGGAAUGUACCGUAAUUUCAGUGACUGGGGAGCCAAGAAUGCCAAGAUUUCUUCUGUUCAACCUAUCGUGCUGGAUGCCAUUGAAAAUCCCAGAGGAGGUUUUAAGGUGGCAUUGUUUUCAGAGCCAGAUUUUCAAGGUCAAGUAUACAUAUUUGAAGAAGAUACAAAGAACAUUGAGGAUUCAUUUACAGCCAGGUCUUGCAAGGUUAUUAUGGGCAGGUGGGCUGUGUAUGACAAGGAAGAUUUCUCAGGUAACCUUUGGGUUCUGGAAGAGGGAAACUUUACCAAUUUAUGUGCUAUGGGAUGUCAACAUGACACAGUUAUUCGAUCACUACAGAUGAUAAAAUAUGAGUUUUCAGAACCUGCCAUACUACUAUAUGGCAAGGAAAACUACAAAGGAAGAAAAGUCAAACUUACGACGGAGACAAUGAGUAUACAGGCCAUUGGAUACUCUCCAGAUCUGGUAUCUCUUGAGGUCCUCGGGGGCAUAUGGGUUCUCUAUGAAUUUAACAACUACCGUGGUCGCCAAAUUUUCAUUUUUCCUGGCAAGAUAGCACAAUGGAGCCAGUUCAGUGGGUGGGAAAGGAUAGGUUCUCUACGGCCCCUUCGACAGAAAAGACUAUACUUCAAACUCAGGAACAAGGCCAGUGGAAUGUUCAUGUCUACAAAUGGAACUCUUGAUGAUAUCAAGCUCCUGAGGAUACAGGUCAUGGAAGACACAGGAGCUGAAGAUCAAAUCUGGGCCUAUCAAGAAGGAACAUUUCGAUGUCGGAUCGCUGAGGAUUGCAGCCUUGCAACAUCUGGGAGUCUAGUUACUGCCGGCAGCAAGCUGGGGCUGACUCUGGAUCAAACAGCAGCAUGCAUGCAAUGGAAUAUCAACCCUGAUGGAAGGAUCUAUGCCCGCUCAAAGUCAAACCUUGCCUUGGACAUCAAAGGGGGUAACCAGUAUGAUCAGCAGCAUGUAAUCCUAAACCCAGUUACUGAGGGGAAGCUCAGCCAGCUGUGGGAAGUAUGUGUUCUCUAAAGAAAGUCUUUUACUGGAGACUGCAGCAUUUUUCUGCAGGUCCCUUGCACUGGAUAUAUAUGCACUGCUGUUAGGACACUCUGUCAUACAGCCAUUUGUGACCAUCACCACAUCUUGACUUCAGCUGCCAUUUGCUCUACAGCGACUUCAAUGCACAACUCAGAAUGCUUAAGAACGAAACCUGAUUUCAACUUAUAUGACGUUUUGGAUGUUUUUACAGCAAAUUUCAGUUGGGAUUUGUACCUUCCGUAAAUGUUAACGGGUAUAAUGUACGUUAAUUCAUCUCGCCCUGCGUGCCCAUUGGAUGUGUUUAGCCUGAAACCUGUGCCCUAUUAAUAGGACUGCCACGUGGGACCUGUUUCUGUACCUCAAUAUAGACUACGGUUAUUGGAGUGGACAAUAUUUUAGAACAGAGCCUACAUAUGUUCAGUGACGCGUUUCACUACUUUAUCAUCUCAGAAAUAACUACUGCACUGUUCUAUCCGUGAAACUACAACACACAGUGACCGUAUUGGUGAUCCCUUGACUUUGUAGGGAAUAAUUGGACCCAUGAGCAUUCAUUGUGCGGCUGUAGACACCAAGUGGUGGACUGCAGGCUGCUAUUUGAAUAAGUACUGUUUCCAUGUAGGGUAAAUGUAUUGCUUUCUUCCAAAGUACAUAAAUUUGCUAACUGUACCUUACUGUCUGAUGUAUUCUGUUAACACAAACAAUGACUGACUGUGUACACCAGCAUUUAAUGCUGUUUGGGGUCAAAUGCACAAAGUAAGUUACAGUGGGAUUCUAAAUCAUCAUCAUUUGCUUAGCACUCCCUUUAACUGAAUAGAUUUCUUAAAAAAAAAAUGAAAGCAGCCUCUCUAACCAAAAUGUCUGGGUAUGCUUAUAUUGGUAGCACCGCUUUUCAAAACUUGGCCAUAUGAGCCUGAUCGUUCUUAACAGGAAGAAUAACAACAGUGCAAACCCAGAAUCUUAAAUAAUAAUAAUAGAUAUGAGAUACAUAAAUGGCUGCGGACUAUUGCUCUUGCAUAAAGUGAGAUACAUCACAUUAUAAACUUAUUUUUAUUCUGUCAUUGGGAUCACUAAUCGUAAAACACAAACAACAAGAUAAGAAACAUAAGAUAGCUUAUUGUAUAUAACAAAGAUCAAACUAGGGUGGGAUUGCAAAAUAAUCAUAAGGUACACAGUGCUUUACUCAUGGGCAACUGGCAGUUUCAACCAGUAUUCUGUCUUUGAUGUGCAUACUAAGCUAUGUUUUGAAUGUAUGUUUAAAGUUUUUCACCAGUGGAACCCACAAAAGACCGAACACGAAUUCUGAAAUGUAAUAGGCAACCUACACCCCAUAUUAUUUGUCUUUAUAAGAUUAAUUAUGGGCUCCAUUCAGUGAUAAGGUCUUAUUAAAACAAAGAACUGUUUAUGUUCAGGAUCUCACCAGUAAAAAAAAACACAGCAAUAUUUAAGGAGUGAUUUACUAAGCAGUGUUAAUGUUGGAGGAAUUUGUCUCCCAUGAAAACCUUUGUUUCAUAACAUAAUUCUUAGUGAGUUAGGGGUGCUCAGUGGAGAUAAAUAUGCCCAACCUUUGGCAGUCAGACUCCCAUUUGUGUGUCAGACAGAGAUACAUAGUGGCCUUUCCUGCAGAAAAUUGUAAAGUACUACAGCUUUUAUUUAGGAUUAAUUGUGAAUUUUUAAAAAAUUAUUUUUAAAAUGUUUUUGUUUUCAUGUUUAUAAACGUUAUGUGCAAAGGGGUUUUUCCAGCAAUAUCUCGCCCGUGGACUAUGUUGAA